AUGCUCAUUGAGAAUGGACCCGAUGUGUUCCUAGCGCUCAGCAAGGAAUGUACCCAGAAGGAGGAUCAUGAGGUCCGUGUCACCCAGCACAGGAAAGGCCCUGGCCUCUCUGUCGUCUCCUACACCCAUAUGUGCUGCCACAAGAACCUCUGCAAUGACCUCUCACCAGUCUGGACCCUGCCCACCUCUGCAGUCCCAGGGUCGGUGCGGUGCCCAGUCUGCUUUUCUGAGGAAAGCUGUGAAUCUGCAACAGAGCUGACCUGCCCCAUUGGGAACACGCACUGCUACAAUGGGACCCUGCAGCUCAGGGGAGUUGACAUCUUCACCGAUCUGAAAGUCCAGGGAUGCAUGUCCCAAGCAGGCUGCAACCUGCUGAAUGAGACUCAGAAAAUCGGGGCCUUGUCUGUGAGUGAAGUGUGUGAUGCAGAUGGAGUAAAGGCCCUGUCCUGUCAGUUGGGAAGACUGACGAUUGUAAGGAAAACAUCAGAACUUCCCUUGAGAUGGACAGCUGACAAGGAGACCUGCAAGGAAGGUUGGGGUUGCCAAGAUUCACUGAUGCUCAUUGAGAAUGGACCGCUAGUGUUCCUAGCGCUCAUCAAGGGCUGUACCCAGAAGGAGGAUCAUGAGGCCCGUGUCACCCGGCACAGGGAAGGCUCUGGCCUCUCUGUCAUCUCCUACACCCGUGUGUGUCACCACAAGAACUGCAAUGACCUCACCUCCACUGACCCUGUCUGGACCCUGCCCACCUCUGCAGUCCCAGGGUCCUUGCGGUGCCCAGUCUGCUUUUCUGAGGAAGACUGUGAAUCUGCAACAGAGAUGACCUGCCCCGUUGGGCACACACACUGCUACAAUGGGACCCUGCACCUCAGGGGAGUUGGCAUCCGCACUGAUCUGAAAGUCCAGGGAUGCAUGUCCCAAGCAGCCUGCAACCUGCUGAAUGAGACUCGGGAAAUCGGGGCCUUGUCUGUGAGUGAAAAGUGUGAUUCUGAUGGAGUGCAGGCCCUGACCUGUCAGUCAGGAACACUGACGAUUUGGAGGAAAACAUCAGAACUGCCCUUGGAGUGGAAAACAGGCGAGGAAUUCUGCAUGGAUGGCUGGGGUUGCCAAGAUUCGCUUAUGCUCAUUGAGAAUGGACCCGAAGUGUUCCUAGAGCUCAGCAAGGGCUGUACCCAGAAGGAGGAUCAUGAGGUCCGUGUCACCCAGCACAGGAAAGGCCCUGGCCUCUCUGUCGUCUCCUACACCCAUGUGUGUCGCCACAAGAACCUCUGCAAUGACAUCUCCACCACCCUCCCUGUCUGGACCCUGCUCACCUCUGCAGUUCCAGGGUCGGUGCGGUGCCCAGUCUGCUUUACUGAGGAUGGCUGUAAGUCUGCAACAGAGCUGAUCUGCCCCGUUGGGCACACGCACUGCUACAAUGGGACCCUGGAUCUCAGAGGAAUUGGCAUCCUCGGCGAUCUGAAAGUCCAGGGAUGCAUGUCCCAAGCAGCCUGCAACCUGCUGAACGAGACUCGAGAAAUCGGAGCCUUGUCUGUGAGUGAAAGGUGUGCUUCCGACGGUGUCCCACAUCCUGAACGUGAAGCUGUACCCACCUUGCAGACUUCAGCUCCUCUGACCUGUCAAAAGGGGGUCAUGCUUCAGAUCAAAGAAAACCUGACGCAGAACCCCCAGCCAUGGAACACAUUUUCGACCAUGACAUGUGAUUUAAAGGAGGUGUGUCAGGAGACACUGCUGCUCAUAGAUGUAGGACCUACAUCACUCAUAGCGGGGAUCAAAGGCUGCAGCAAGACUGAGACACAGAAUUCCACGACUAUCUCCAUCCACUCGGAGCCCCCUGGAGUGCUUGUCGCCUCCUAUGCCCAUUUCUGUUCCUCCGAUGGGUGCAACAGGGCCACAAGUAGCAGUGUCCUGCUGAACUCCCUCCCUCGUCCAGCUGCCCCUGCCCCUGCCCCAGGAGGCCUGCAAUGUCCUGCCUGUGUGCAAUUCGGUGGAUCCUGUUCAAACACUGUAAACGUCAAGUGCCCUCUUGGUACCACUCAUUGUUAUAACAGCUAUCUCAAUCUCAAAGGAGAUGGGCCGUCCGCUAUAUUUAACAUUCAGGGCUGCGUGGCCCAACCUUCCAGCUCCUUAUUGAACCACACCAAAAAUAUUGGGCAUUUCAUCGCAAGUGAGGGUCCUGAGAAUGAAGAUGUGGAAGAUAAGGUUCGCCAAAGUGGGGCUGUUCCUGUUUGCUGCCUGGCUUGUGUGAUGGGGCUGGGGAUAUCCCUAGCCCUUUGGUGUGGGAUAACCUCCCACUGACUCCAUUUACCCAUGAUUUUUCUCCCCUGCUGACUCCCUAAAUACUGCCCUCCCUCUGACCUCAUAACCAAACACUGAGUUGUUUUCCCAUCUUCUCUGUGAAUUCUCAUCCACACACACACACACUUUGUGAUCUGAUAACAAGAUAUGGAAGAGCCUGGGAGCAGCUGCACUGUUCUUACAGCCACAUUUAUCUAAUA